AUGGCAGCCCCCAGGCCGGCCGCUGAGUGCGGCUACAUCCGGACGGUCCUGGGCCAGCAGAUCCUGGAGCACCUGGAGAGCUCGAGCCUGGCGCUGCCUUCCGAGGCCAGGCUGAGGCUGGCGGGGAGCGGGAGCGGGAGCAGCCGCCCGGAGCAGGCUGCGAAGACCCUGCGGAUCCAGGAGCAGGUCCAGCAGACGCUGGCCAGGAAGGGCAAGAGCGGCAUGGCGAACGGAAGUCUGCCUCGAACCAGCAGUGUUCCAGAGUAUGUCUACAACCUGAACUUAGUUGAAAAUCAUCUCUCUCUGGGCCGUUCUCCUGUUACCAAAACAUACAGCAUUUUAAAGGCAGGCUCAACAUCUGCUUAUGAGAAUCACUUGAAAAGAGAAACCGCCCAAUACAGUUCCCAAAAGUCAGUGGAAGAGAGGUCCCAAAGGCAGCCUCUGAGGAGACUGGAGAUUUCGCCGUCGAGCAGUCCUGAGAGAGUCCAUUACGCGCAUAGUGACCACCAUUACUUCCAGAAAACGCAGGCAGGACACAGCUUGAGGCCUCGCGAGAGCCGCAGAUCCACCGUCCUCAUCCCGCCAAGAUAUGCUCGCUCAGAAAUCGUCGAGUUCCACCGUCACGGUACCACGGGCCGGCAGUAUCAUUCCGAUGCCCACCAUCGGCAAUAUCAGUACGGAUCGGUCAGCGACACGGUUUUCGAUAGCUUCCCGGCCAGCCCAGCAGUUCUCACGUACCCCAGGCCAGGGACCAGUCGAAGUAUGGGGAACCUCUUGGAGAAAGAAAACUAUGUGACUUCAGGGCUCACGUCCAGACAAGUCAGACCAGUGGUGAUGUCCCUCCAACAAGACCAGCAGAACAAGCAGUCUCUUCGCUCUACGUGGCAUCAGAGCUCUUUCCAGAGCACUCACACGCUGAGAGACGCCAGCGCUGGAGCCGGUGGGAAACAGGCUCACAUGACCAUGGGCCAGGCAGCCACGGGAGGAGGUGGGACCCUACUAGCCGAGAGGGCCGUUUUCAGCGACUCCCAACUCGGCCAUGGAGACAUAGAGAUGACUCUGGAGUAUGCAGUAAGCAUACUGGAUUCAGAUAGCACACCAGCAUCUAGGAUUCAGGCUGCAGCCACCUUUAUCCAGCAUGAAUGUUUCCAGAAAUCAGAAGCUCGAAAAAGGGUUUAUCAUCUCCGGGGCAUCCCCAAGCUUCUCCAGCUCCUAAAGGUACCGAAUGAAGACAUACAGAGGGCAGCCUGCGGGGCCCUGAGGAAUCUGUCCUUUGAAGACAAUGACAACAAGGUGGAAGUAGCUGAACUGAACGGAGUCCCUCGACUGCUCCAAGUCCUGAAGCAGACCCGAGACUUGGAGACAAAAAAGCAGAUCACAGAAAAUGAAAGAGCUGAACCCCAAAGGCUCCCGCAGCGCCUGCCAUGUGAGUGGCCUCUGCUCGCUGAUCAUCGACAGAGCCUUCUGAGGACGUUCCAAGACAAACCCGCAGUCUGGAGGACUUGGCUCCGGAAAACCUGGAGGACAUUUCGAGGGAGAGGACGUUCUGCUCCUCGUCGGGAGGCUGUUCCAGCCCACUUACAAAGCCGUAACUGGCUUCUAGGGAUCGGGUUCGACCUCCAAGGAGGCAACGACCCUACCAAGUGCUGUGAGCGAGGGAUCGGCGAAUGUUGGGCUGGUGUCGGGAUUGGUCGUGAGUUUCGGGCAUCUCUGCGCUGCUCGUCAUUCCCAGGAGAGCUCGCCUGCCACUCAGACGUCGUUGGCGCGGAAGAAUUUGAGGCAGUGUUAGUACGAGCCAAAGAGGCUUCCCAAGCAAAGGCAUUUAGUGAAAUAACUGCUAGAUUUGUAACGGCAGAGGUGCACCCGGUCAAACUAGGAAACAUUUGCCCACCCGUCUACACACAGCCUUCCCAGGGCUCACGUGUGACGGGCUACACGAGGGGGAUGCAGCAUCGCUCCCCACGACUACCUUCGGGCUUCAUCGCCUCUAUCCAAUCAGAUCAGCUCCGUCUCAUGCUGCUAGACCCUCUUCCUGAUAAGGGCAAGAUGAGAGCUUUGAAGAGACAGUCCUGGCCACCACGUCUAGCUGGUAAAAGCCAGGCCCGCUGCCGCCAGGCUACCACGUUUGAUUUGUCAGCAAUGAAAUCCGAUUGCUCUGCUGCUGUAUUUUGGCCAGCCACAAACUUGGUCUUCCUGCACCGUCUAGGUACCAGUUAUGGCGAGUUCCUCGUCGUCGUCACUCUAGUAGUAACUUCCUCCUCGGUCUCUUUUGGCCCAGCACUGGUGAAGGUUUUUGAGUUCGUGUGCCCAAACUACAAUCUCAAGCUGCCGGUGAGCCCUCCCCGACCCUCACAUUACCCCAGACAGUGGAGGGAGGAAGCGCUUGCGUUGGGGGGCUGGCAGAAGGCGAGGCAUGCCAAAAUGUCCUUGGGCACCGGGAAGAGUGGCGACAGAGCAUCGCUUCCCCUCCCCCUUCCCCGCCAGCUGGACACGCAUGCCAAUACUUCAAAUAUGAGUUCUGCUGGACCUGAUGGGAGGAAAGUGAUGAGAAGAUGUGAAGGACUGAUAGAUUCUCUCGUGCAUUAUGUUAGAGGAACCAUUGCAGAUUAUCAACCAGAUGAUAAGGCUACGGAGAACUGCGUAUGCAUUCUUCAUAAUCUCUCCUACCAACUGGAGGCAGAACUCCCCGAGAGAUAUUCACAGAGUAACUACAUUCAAAACAGAAAUAUCCAGACGACCAGUAACAAAAGCGUUGGGUGCUUUGGAAGUCGAAGCAGGAAAGUGAAAGAGCAAUACCAGGACGUCCCCUUGCCGGAGGAAAAGAGUAACCCUAAAGGUGUGGAAUGGCUGUGGCACUCCAUUGUGAUAAGAAUGUAUCUAUCCUUGAUAGCCAAAAGUAUCCGGAACUACACGCAAGAAGCAUCUUUGGGAGCUCUCCAGAACCUCACAGCAGGAAGCGGGCCGAUGCCGUCUGCCGUAGCCCAGACUGUCGUCCAAAAGGAAAACGGCCUUCAGCACACGAGAAAAAUGCUGCACGUGAGUGAUUUAAGUGUAAAAAAGACGGCAGUCUCCCUGCUGAGGAACCUGUCUCGGAACUUUGCUCUCCAGAAUGAAAUUGCUAGAGAGACUCUACCUGAUUUGGUUUCCAUAAUUCCUGACACAGUACCAAGUUCUGAUCUGCUCAUUGAGACUACAGCUUCUGCCUGUUACACCUUGAACAAUUUAAUCCAGAAUAGCCAGCAGAAUGCACAAGAUCUUUUGAAUACCGGAGGCUUUCUGAAGAUUAUAGCUAUCAGCGUGGGUGAUAGCUAUCUCUCCAACAAAGCCAGCAAAGCAGCUUCUGUGCUACUGUAUUCGCUGUGGUCUCACACGGAUCUCCACCAUGCCUACAAGAAGGCUCAAUUUAAGAAGACAGAUUUUGUCAACAAUCAAACUAUCAAAGCCUACCACUCCCUUAAAGACUGA